ACGCGUCAUGUGACUUGUUCAAAAUGGCCACGUACGCAAAACGUCGUGCUUUGUUGAUAUCAAGUUCCAACCUGCAUGGGUUUGGUUAUCUAGAAUACUGUACCAAGCAUAUAAAAGAUUUCUUAGGGAGCAAUACAGAGAAAGUCCUUUUUGUGCCAUAUGCUCUGCAUGACAGAGAUGCUUAUGCAGCCAAAGCCAGGGCAAAGUUUGAAGAUAUGGGAUACAAGUUAGACAGUGUCCAUGAAUUUAGUAAUCCUGUAGAAGCAGUAAAGAGUGCUCAGGCUUUCUUUGUGGGUGGCGGAAAUACAUUCAGACUACUGAAAACACUUUAUGAUGAAAACUUAAUUCAAGAAAUUAGAAAACGAGUGGUAGAGGAUGGCAUUCCAUACAUAGGCACCAGUGCAGGCUCUAAUGUAGGAACUUGCAGCAUCAACACAACCAAUGACAUGCCCAUCGUGUAUCCACCCUCCUUUAAUGCCCUAAAUCUGGUGCCUUUCAAUAUCAAUGUUCACUAUGUGGAUGCUGAUCCCACUAGCACACACAAGGGGGAAACCAGAGAACAAAGAAUCCUGGAGUAUCACGAGGUUGACAAUACACCACCGGUGUUGGGUUUGCGUGAAGGCUGCAUGUUACUAGUGGAAGGAGAUAAGGCUGUUCUUCAAGGAGAGACUGGAGCAAGGCUGUUUACAAGAGGUGAAGAUUCCGUGCAGUACUCACCUGGUGCAGAUCUCAGCUUUCUUCUCAAGAUGACCAGUUAAUGCAAAUGAAAAGGAAUUGGAAGUUAUGGCCUUUCUUUUUAAUACAUUAUAUACACAUGCUAUGUGUAUCACAACAUUACCAUUUAAUAUUAAAUAGAAAUUCAGUUAUAGCAUAAGAAGAAAAGGUUCACAUAUACAUAUUUUACUGUAAUGAUGAAUUUAUAUGUUACAUUCAAAUCAAGUAGCACUGUGUACUGUAUAAAUCAAUAUGAGACCAGAGUAAGUUGAACAUGUACAGUUGAAUACAACUGAUAUUUCUAAUGGUAAGAAUUGGGUUCCAAACUCAGGCUAAAGUGUACUUUGAAAGAGAUAAGAAUACGAAGGAUAACUAUCUAGCAGUUUUUUUUUAAUUAAGCCUUAACUUAGAGAUCAGGUUUUUCCAAUGUUCUUUCUCUUCUAUCAUUCCACAUUUCACAAUUUAUCAGAAGUAGAAUACAUUCCAAGCUCUUUUGUCAGAUGAAGUCUUUAACACAUAUAGGUGCAAUAGGUAAAUAAGACAAUUAUUUUUUCUUUUAGUUUUCUGACUUUCUGGUAAACUCACGCAUUGGAUCUGGUCUACUUUGAGAUUACUUUACCUUUAUAUUGUAUCUACCCAGUAACAAAGUUGACAUCAAAUUGCUUAUUUGUAGAUGUUAUUAUGGAAUGAAAGAAUAUGUUGAAACUGCAUGUCAAGUGCAUGUUUUAUGAUUUCCAUUUAUUCCCUCAAAUAAAUAAUUUUUAAAAUGGC